GUCCUGCCAGCUCGGGCUAUAGGCUGUUACUUCUUGGUAAAUCGGUAUGCUUUAAUAGGUCCUAUCACAGUGGCAUCCGCAUUCUUCCAUGUGGUCUAUAUUGGAGGCAACGUUAUCAGCCUUGCAUACGGGGUGGAUUCAAUAACUCAGGCAGCCUCACGGGCGGGCACUCUAUCUCUGAUUAACAUGAUGCCUCUAUAUUUAACAACACAUCUAAGCUUCCUUUCCGAUCUUUUCGGGGUAUCAUUGCCCACAUAUCGGCAACUCCAUCGAUUAUGUGGAUUGAUGGCUAUGGGCCACGUUAUUUUUCAUGGGGGGGUUGCCCUAACCCAUCAUUCUCGCUUAAGUACGGGAAUGCCAAUUACGGACUGGUACCCAUUAAUUGGAGCUGCUAUAAUAAUUCUCUUGAUACUUCUCUCGCUUCCCCUCUUUCGAAGGCUGUGGUAUGAAACUUUCCUCCGGCUUCAUCAGCUACUUGCAAUAGGCGUGGUAGUUUUUGUAUUCAAUCACCUUAUGACAAUUGCAGAGUAUCAAUGGAGGCCUUUAUAUAUAUUCAUUGGAAUCUUUUGUUUGUUAGGAGCUUUUUAUUUGGCGUCCAUUAUAUACAAUAACCUAUGGCCAGGAAGUAAUUCGCGUUUGAAUGUUGACUACAUUAACGACGAUUUAGUAAGUGCGACAAUUACGCGAUCUCGACCAUUGAACAUUAGUCCAGGCCAAUAUCUUAAUAUAUGGGUUCCUUCACUAUCACUAUUCUCGAGCCAUCCUUUUACAGUCGCAUCCUGGGAGUCAUCUUCGCAGACGCACCUUAAGCUACUUAUAAAGCAACGAAGUGGUUUUACAAAGAAGCUAGCCCACUUGAGCAAUAAGAAUGAUCUUAGGGUAUUCUUCAGCGGGCCACAUGGUACCUCAGCCCCGGUUGGGGAGUUUGACUACAUCCUUCUUUUUGCCACUGGAUUCGGAAUAGCUACUGUGCUGCCGUAUGUUACAAAGCUAGUUCAUGGUUGUAAUGAGAGAGGAUAUAAGGGGAAAAAGGUUCAUAUAAUAUGGCAGGUGAAGAAUCUAGGUAAGGUCUAA